CCGUGCUAAGCCUGUUAGCUUAGCAGAGUUGUCUGAAGCAGUUUGAAUGAAAGUGUGGUCGGUGUGUUUUAGCUGUACAGUCUCUCUCUCUCUCUCUCUCUUUAUUUUGUGUAUUUUCUAAUGUCGCAUUGCAAGUAAUCGGUUUCGAUCAUAAUGUUUCUCAUUAGAGGAUUGCUGAAACUCGUGGUGUUUGUCGGAGUGCUGGUGUUAGUCAUACAGUAUUUACAGUACUGGUUAGCCCAUAAACAGUAUGUGUUUACAAAAGAGGACGUCGCCAUACUGGCCAAACAGUACGCAGGUCGGGAUCAUGAGCAGGCCUUCUCUAAAGUAGUGGUGGAGUUGCGGAAGCGCUACCCGGGUCACAUCCUGCCUGACGAGGACCUGCAGUGGGUGUUCGUGAACGCCGGGGGUUGGAUGGGUUCCAUGUGUUUGCUUCACGCUUCCCUCACUGAGUACGUUCUGCUCUUUGGGACUGCCGUCGACACAAGUGGACACUCCGGGCGAUAUUGGGCUGAGAUAUCAGAUACUGUCAUUUCCGGGACAUUCAGGCAAUGGAAAGAAGGAACGACUAAAAGUGAGACUUACUACCCAGGUGAUACAAUCGUGCACUCUGUGGGUGAGGCGACCUCGGUGCAGUGGACUUCAGGGACCUGGAUGGUGGAAUACGGCAGAGGGUUCAUUCCAUCCACGUUGCCCUUUGCGCUAGCGGACACGAUGUUCAGCACACACGACUUUGUAACGCUCUUCUACACUUUCCGUGUGUACAUGAAGUGUCUGCUACUGGAGGCUAACACUUUCCUGACUGAAGCUGGUGUCUUCUAAAGACCACAGUGAUCUGCUUGGCCAUUGUGCUACUUCAGUGCCAUCCUGUAACAGACUGGCAUGAAAGAAGAUCAGACAAUCAGAGCUUAUGGACUGACAGCCUGAAAGAAAAGUGAGACGGUUCUCAUAACAUAAAUGACAUCUAGAGUAUGUGAUUAUCCUAAGUUAGGGGACGGAGGGGAGUAAAAUCUUAAUUGUUAGUCACUGUUCACUAAAAUCCAUCAGAUGUACAAACACAGAAUUAUUCACUACUUUCAAUACCUCACUGAGCACCUUAGACUGUGAAGACCGUCCACAUGUUGCUGCAGGAAUAACGGUCGUGUGAAUUGUUUAUUGCAAUGUCCAGACUUUCUCCCCAAUAAAACUUUGUACUGUUCUGUGCUGUUACACCUACAUUAAGUAAUUGCACGACUGAACUGUCUUUCAUUUCCUUCCUAGACCUGCUAUUCUCUCAGGUAUCCGGUGGAUCCAAUUAAAGUUAUGCAAUGUAACUUCAGUCCUCUAAUAGCACUGGAGAGCGCCAGAGGGUCCUCGAAAAUUGUAUCAUGAUCUUUUUUUAAGACAGGUAGCUUACAGUGACUGCUCACAAUGGCUUGAGAUGCAAAGGGAGGGAUGAAAUCCAUCAUCUAUUAAUAGCAUGACGAUAAAUUAUUAUGGUGCAGCUAUGGAUUAUAUCAUAAGGUGUAAGAAAUUGCAUAAAAAUGAGAAGAAAAAAAAUAUAGGCAAAGUAUUACAGUCCCUCCAGGGUUGCCAGUCCUUUGAGAUUCGCAUGUUCUCCACAUGUCCUCUGGCUUCUACAGUUUCCUCCCACCUGCCAGUAGGUGGAAAUAAAUAAAAAAUAAAUGGAGUUUAUUUAUUUAGUUAUUUUUCUUCCGCACUUUGGCCUGUUUUUCCAAGUCUGGUGCAUUUCACUGUUUGUUUAAAAAAAAAAAAAAAUGUACUCUUCACAUGACACCUGACGUCUCACAACAAACUGCUUAAGUGUAUGAGCCUGUUUGAACUCUAAAUAAAA